UGGUGGGGCAUGUGACCAGGACGCGGCCGGCGGGGAGGGCGGCGCCCAUGGCGGCUGCGAACUCGGCGCCCGCCGACUCGGCGCCUCCAGGUCGGGGGUCUGCGGCGCCUUGAGCAGUCACGCCGACCCCGGGGGCCGGGGCCUCGGGUCCGUGCCCCUCUGCGGGGCGGCUGGGUGAGCGCCCUUCUCUGCUCCUCCUGCGGGGCCCUGGGCCCCCGGGCAAGGGGCGGCCCUGCUUCUCCAGCUGCUCUUUGCGGCUGCGGGCGCGCCAGAACAGAGGAAGCGCGGUUUUGGAGAAGGAUCCUUUACCCACCUGGAAUUUAACGCUGAUUCUGCAAGCCCACCGCCCCUGGGCUGCCGGGUCCAGCUGUACUCGCUUCCCGCCCUCCAGCACCCCACGCUCUUCCAGGAUGCCGGCUGUCCUCAUAUUUAUUUUUCCAUUUGAACUUACUAAAUAAGUGCUGUCAAGACCAGAAUAAACUCAUGAAAUGCGGGUGUGCAUCGUGCAGAAGCGGGACACAGAGAAGAUGUACGCCAUGAAGUACAUGAACAAGCAGCAGUGCAUCGAGCGGGAUGAGGUGCGCAACGUGUUCCGGGAGCUGGAGAUCCUGCAGGAGAUCGAACACGUCUUCCUGGUGAACCUGUGGUACUCCUUCCAGGACGAGGAGGACAUGUUCAUGGUGGUGGACCUGCUCCUGGGCGGGGACCUGCGCUACCACCUGCAGCAGAACGUCCAGUUCUCCGAGGACACGGUGAAGCUGUACAUCUGCGAGAUGGCGCUGGCCCUGGACUACCUGCGCAGCCAGCACAUUAUCCACAGGGACGUCAAACCCGACAACAUCCUGCUGGAUGAGCAAGGGCAUGCGCAUCUGACCGACUUCAACAUCGCCACCAUCAUAAAGGACGGGGAGCGGGCCACCGCACUAGCUGGGACCAAGCCGUACAUGGCUCCGGAGAUCUUCCAGUCUUUCGUCAGUGGUGGGAGCGGCUAUUCCUUCGAGGUGGACUGGUGGUCAGUGGGGGUGCUGGCCUACGAGCUGCUACGUGGAUGGAGGCCCUACGACAUCCACUCCAGCAACGCCGUGGAGUCCCUGGUGCAGCUGUUCAGCACGGCGAGCGUGCAGUACGUGCCCACCUGGUCCAAGGGGAUGGUAGGCCUGCUGCGGAAGCUCCUCACUGUGGACCCCAAGCACCGAGUGUCCAGCCUGCAGGACAUGCAGGCAGCCCCGUCACUGGCCGGCGUGCUGUGGCAGGACCUGAGUGAGAAGAAGGUGGCGCCAGGCUUCGUGCCCAAUAAAGGCCGCCUUCACUGCGACCCCACCUUCGAGCUGGAGGAGAUGAUCCUGGAGUCCAGGCCUUUGCACAAGAAGAAGAAGCGGCUGGCCAAGAACAGGUCCCGGGACAGCAGCAGGGACAGCUCGCAGUCGGAGAAUGACUACCUUCAGGACUGCCUUGAUGCCAUCCAGCAAGACUUUGUGAUUUUUAACAGAGAAAAGCUGAAGAAGAGCCAGGACUCCACGAGCGAGCCCCUACCCGCCCCCGAGGCCGGGGAUGCUGCGGAGGACCGGGAGGGGGCGCGCCCCGCGGGGCCCAUGUGCGGCUCCAUCUGCCCCUCCCGCCUCACUGAGAGUUAACGCCAGUUGCUUUGGAGACUCGGUCGGCCAGCAGGACAGGACAGGCGGCGGGCAGAGGCCCCACGUGGACGUUCCCAGCCAAGCAGCCCAGUUCCUCCCAGCACAGACCCGGCCGGUGGCCCCACUGCACCCUGGCCCUGAUUUCCCUGGGACGGGCUGCCUGCCCACUGGCUCUCGUCAGCAUAGGGCAACCGGAGGCUGUCAGUGUGGCCGAGGGGUGGGCAAGCAGGCUGGGUGCCCCCCUCCCCAGCGGCUCCGUUCCCGGCAAUUGUGGCAGGAGGCCCAUGGCCUCUCCUGGUGGCCCCCUGACCCACUCCCGGCAGUCACAGAGGUCCCAGCACCCCCAGCUGUACAUAUGGGCGCCGGCCCUGCUGUGGGCAGACGGACACCGUUCACGGGCUCCCUGGGAGCCACUCAGGCUUGUGCGUCCGGGGGAGGGGGAGAUGAAGAGUGUUUUUAUAGAGAUACUUCUGCCGUGUUUCUGUAGAUUUCUCACCUCUGAGCAUCACGACGUAAGAGCU